UGUUGAUAAAGUCUCUAAAGAAACACUCCAUUCAUUGCUGCUAGACAAGUACGUUCUAAUUCCAGUCCAUUCGGUACACGGUAGGUAGCUAAUUGAUAAGGAAGCUGCGAAUCUGUGACCUUUUUCUCCACACAAUGGUUCGAGCCUGGUUUAUGGACAACGAGUCCACCGAUCAGCGAUUGGAGCAUCACCUCACUCCGCCGGAGUUUCUGUCGCUGGAAGAACUCUUUAACAGCACCGGGGUCGAGUAUUUCAAGAUCAACGUACCGACGUACGACUCGGAUGGGGUGUUGGAUGGCAUCCGGAAGAAGCGCGGCUAUAGCUAUGAGGACGAGAUUACUUGCUCCGAGAAGUGCCUUCCGGAUUACGAAAACAAGCUGAAGAGUUUCUUCACCGAGCACCUGCACACCGAUGAGGAGAUUCGUUUCGUGCUGGACGGUUCGGGAUACUUCGAUGUUCGCAAUGGCAAAGACGACCGGUGGAUCCGAAUUGAAGUUACGGCCGGAGACAUGAUUGUCAUCCCUGCCGGGAUCUACCAUCGGUUCACGUUGGAUGUUAAGAACUACAUUCGCGCUAAGCGUUAUUUCGUCGGAGAGCCUAUCUGGUUACCGUACAAUCGCCCGUGUGACGAUAUGCAAUGUCGGAAGGAUUAUCUGCAGAGGCUAGAAGUGGGAUUCAGUGCAUGAGAAACUUCGACUUCGUAUUGUAUUGUUGAAAGUGCCUUCGAUAUUAAAGAUUUGUUAACGACGAUGGAUAGGUA